CGGGUAGACUAGCUGAGUGGUUGUCUGGUUGACAGUCAGGCUGUCGGUGUGUUACCUUCCUUCUCCGGCGUUACGCUCACAAUCUACGCUAAAAAGAACUACUCCGCUGGCGCCUUCUCCACGAUCAUGCCAGGACGCCUCUGCGCUUGUUACAAGUGUAUUGUAUCGGGACGCUCGUGGAAUCUUUCGGUUGCUGAUUUCCUCACGGACCGUUCGCUGCUGGCGCCAGAUGGGGAGGAAACAGAGUUCGAGAAGCUAUUGCAACGGAGCGACACACUCGUCGCUCUGCUCUUCAGCAGCUCGCGCAGCUGUAUUUGCGAGUCCUUCUGUGAACAGUUGUUCAAGACUCAGGACUCGCUCUUGCGAACCGGUCACCACUUGCACGUGAUCUACGUUUCCUCCGACAGGAGCUCACGCGAAAUGCUCCAAUUUAUCAGGAAGUACCCAAACUGGUUUUCCCUGCGAUUUUCGGAUCAGGCCAUACGGGAACUGCAGUCGUUCCUCGAGGUUCAUACCGUGCCGUCGCUCGUAAUCCUGAGCUCGACAGGGAUCGUCUCGCGUACGGGCACGAAGGAUAUUUCCAGACUGGGAACGCGGGCAUGGGAUAAAUGGGUCAGCCGCUCCUGAAUCAAACCCGUGGCGACACUGACCGCUCAGGCUUUCAGAAGAAGCCUGUUCUGCCCCAGGAUCGGGGGUGACCUCAUCCACGAGCGAGUCAGACACUGAUAUCGAGCUGCCGGGAAUCCGAAGGGCGCUUCAUACGAGACCGGUGGCUAUCCCAUCGCUUUAGAUCCGUCCGUAUUGAAUGUAGAAUCAUCGCUUGCGCAUAUCAACACAGUUCGUCAUCGAAGGAUGCAGUGAAUACGAGAAACCAGAUCUCCGUCGUUUGUACUAGUCAUGUGGCCUGGAAUAACUUGAAUAACAUGAUUCAUCA